AUGGCCCCUUCUAGCACCACUGCCAACACCAACCAGAACGACCCGCUCCAACACCCGCUUCAAGCCACUGCCAUGGCUAUUCAGGGAGCUGCACAGGGCGAGGGUCGCGCACCCCGCCUCAGCCAUAUGCAGAGCUCGAACGAAGGCCCUGCCGACAUCAUCGCGAAGGUGUCCGGAGCGGUGCAGGGCGGCAAGCGCGAGGAUGACGGUGCCUACUUUACCAACAAUGAGGGUAUUCCAUGGCCCGACCCCGAGCACAGCAAGACCAUUGGAGGAAUCCCAGUCGCCAGCGAUGUGUUCCUUUUCCAGAAGCAGCAGACCUUCAACCGCUCUAAGAACCUUGAGCGUGUGGUCCACCCGUCUGGGUCCGGAGCCUUCGGCUAUUUCGAAUGCACCAAGAAUGUCUCAGACUUGACGAAAGCUAAUUUUUUGUCGAGCGUCGGUGAGAAGACGCCUAUCUUCAUCCGCUUCAGCACUGUUACGCCUGGUCGUGAGUACGCUGACGAAGCCCGCAACCCGCGUGGUUUCGCCAUCAAGUUCUACACGAUGGAAGGCAACUACGACAUAGUCGGCUUGAACUUCCCCGUCUUCUUCUGCCGUGACCCCAUUCAAGGCCCCGAUGUGAUUCGAUCGCAAUGGCGCAACCCUAAGAACUUCCUCUUUGACUAUGAUGCCAUCUUCGAUCUGCUGGCCAAUACGCCGGAAGGCAACCAUGCCGGCCUCAUGUUCUUCAGCGACCAUGGCACCCCGGUAGGAUGGCGCUUCAACCACGGCUAUGGCUGCCACACCUUCAAGUGGGUAAACAAGGAUGGCAAGUUCGUCUACAUCAAGUACCAUUUCAUCGCAGAGCACGGCCAGAAGCAGUUCACCCAAGAGCAGGCCACCCAGAUGUGCGGAGAAGACCCCGAUUACUCCAAGCGCGACCUGUGGGAGACUAUCGAAAACGGCCGAGAGAUCGCCUGGAAAGCGAUGGUUCAGGUCAUGCAGCCCGAAGACGCCGAUCCCGAGAAGCUUGGAUUCGAUCCCUUCGACGUAACUAAGAUCUGGCCUCGCAAGCAAUUCCCCAUGCAAGAGUUCGGACGCCUUGUGCUGAACAAGAACCCGGAGAAUUACCACCGCGACGUCGAGCAAGCCGCCUUCUCCCCCGGCAGCAUGGUGCCGGGUAUCGAAGAUUCUCCAGAUCCUCUCCUUCAGUUCCGCAUGUUCUUCUACCGCGAUGCACAGUACCACCGCAUUGGCGUGAACCUGCACCAGGUCCCGGUCAACUGUCCGUUCAUGGCCAAGUCGUACGCUUCUCUCAACUUCGACGGCCAGAUGCGCGUCGACGCAAACCAUGCUGGCAACAAGCAGUAUGCACCGAACAGUUUUGCGCACAAGUUCAGACCGGAUACUGCCGAGGCGCCGUAUCAGGUUGGCGACAACGUCAUGAGUCGCAAGAGCCACUACUGGCAUGAAGGAAAGAAGAGCGACUACGACCAAGCUAAGGACUUGUGGAGUCGUGUGAUGUCGGACCAGGAGAAGAAGAAUACGAUCAAGAACACUGUAAACAUGCUAAAAUUCGUCAAGUUCCCGGAGAUCCAGAAGAAGUAUCUUGCCCAGCAGUGCAACAUUGGUGUCGACCUAGCCCGGGGCAUUUAUGAUGGCCUUCCCAAGAAGGACUUCCGGUGGAGCGAAGUGGAGAAGCUGGCCGAGGAUGCGCACGUCUGGUACAAGGAGAAGAAGUUCCGGCCGCUCAAUGGCGAGAGGCUCACGGGCUAUGCGCCAUCGAUGCCGGUCUACAAUUAA